AUGGAUUCUGAAAUAUCAUCUACAUCAAAAAAACCACAAGGGUAUGACGACAUUCGCGCAAUUUUUCUUAACACAAUUGCUGCUCAAGUGAUGCACAAAGCAUCUAUUCAGUUAAAAGAAAGUCACGCAGUUGUAAUUCGCGAUACUCCAGAAUUAAUUUCUGGCGCUCAAUUCGUUAGCAACUUUUUAAUGAAAAAUGGAAUGGAGAAAACAUUAUUCACAGCGAAAUUAGAGUCAGGAGGUAAAGUUUCCAGUCAAAAAGAAAUGUAUCCACUUCAAAGAACAUUUAAAUUUAAUCCGAAUUUAGACUUUUUCGUUCAACUCAUCGGCAGCACUCGCCCUACAAUCGCUCGCAAAAUAAUGCCAAAAGAAUACAAAGAAUAUCAAGAUUCUUUAUCAGGAGAAAAUCAAGACGUAUCAGAAGCAAAAGACUUACGCAAAAAGAAUGGGCAUAGCCAUAGCCAUGCUCACCACAACCAAAUUGCCGCUAGAGACGUUAAUUUGCAAUCUUCAAGCCAUUCUCAUUCUCACAAACACUCGCACAAAGAUCACAGACCAAAACAUUACGAGCCAAUUGGUGGAAUUAAUCAAAAACCAUCAUUGGAAGAAAGAAUGAGAAAUAUUUUGAAGCCAACAUGGAAACCACAACAAGAUACAUCAUUUACAUCGCUUGGAAUUAAGUCACGCGACAUAGGCAAGCCGUAUUUCGCUUACGAUACUGAAGCAUUUCGCCAAGGCUACGGAAAGAAGAAAGGAAAGAUCCAAAAUAAGCCAGAAGAUGACGACCAAAUCGUUAUACAGCCUCCAAAAGCUAAAUCAUCCACUGCAUCUAAGAAACAACAGCAACCAACUCCAAUUGAACAAAAUCAGAAAACUCCAUCAAGGAAAGAGUCCAAAGUUGAACCUACACCAUCAGCAGUUACUUAUAAUCUACCAGAAGAAGAGGAAUUUGCUGAAGAGGAAGAAAUUCAAAAUGAAAUCGAAGAAAAAGAGCCAGAAAAGGAAGAAAACGAAGAGGAAGAAGAGGAGGAAGAGGAUGAUGAAGAAGAGGAAAUUAUUAUCGAGGAAGAGGAAGAAGAUGCUGCAGGUGAAGAGUAA